AUGCCAAAGGCUAUGGGCAUCAAUGAGCGCAUGCCACGGAGGAAAGUCCAGCAAUUCCAGGCUCAUGGCCAACAUGAUCCAAACCACACAGAUGGCCGGCAAGAGGGUCCAUGUUUUAAAGACGAUGUCCGCACCAGAUCUUACCGCGAUUCUAUCUACCAAAACCGUCACAUCUUCAAGGACAAGGUUGUUCUCGACGUCGGUUGUGGAACUGGUAUCCUCAGCAUGUUUGCUGCUAAGGCUGGUGCUAAGCACGUAAUCGGUGUGGAUAUGUCCUCUAUCAUCGAGAAGGCCAAGCAGAUUGUCGCUUGCAACGGCCUGUCGGACAAGAUCACUCUCCUCCAAGGAAAAAUGGAAGAGGUUGUCCUCCCUUACCCCAAGGUUGAUAUCAUCAUCUCCGAGUGGAUGGGUUACUUCCUCCUCUAUGAGAGCAUGCUGGACACUGUUCUCUACGCCCGCGACCGCUACCUUGUUCCCGGUGGCAAGAUCUUCCCCGACAAGGCUACCAUGUACUUGGCUGCUAUCGAAGAUGGCGAGUACAAGGACGACAAGAUCGGAUUCUGGGAUAAUGUGUACGGGUUUGACUACUCCCCCAUGAAGGAGAUUGCCCUCACGGAGCCUCUCGUGGACACCGUUGAGAUGAAGGCCCUCGUCACCGACCCUUGCCCCAUCAUUACCCUUGAUCUCUACACCGUCACCCCGGCCGAUCUCGCUUUCAAGGUUCCCUUCUCUCUUACCGCCAAGCGCAGCGACUUUAUCCACGCUGUGAUCGCUUGGUUCGAUAUCGAGUUUGGCGCCUGCCACAAGCCCAUCACCUUCUCCACCGGCCCCCACGCGAAGUACACACACUGGAAGCAGACCGUCUUCUACCUCCGUGAUGUUCUGACCGUCGAAGAGGAGGAAGUCGUUUCGGGAGUGUUGGAGAACAAGCCCAAUGACAAGAACAAGCGUGAUCUUGACAUCACUAUCUCUUACAAGUUCGAGACCACGGAUAACCUUCGUUACUCCGAGGGUAGCUGCUUCUAUAGAAUGUGCUAA